AUGUCAACAUACAAACUUUAUUACUUUAAUAAUCGUGGUCGUGGUGAAGUAUCUCGUUUAAUAUUUGCUGCAGGUGGUCAAAAAUAUGAAGAUAUUCGUUACGAAGAUGAUGAAUGGUUAUUACAUAAAGCUAAAAUGCCAUUAAGUGAAAUGCCUGUACUUGAAUUUGAUGGUACAAAAUUACCACAAUCAAAAGCUAUUGCUCGUUUUCUUGCUAAACAAUUUCAAUUAGCUGGUAGAAAUAAUCUUGAACAAGCCAAAGUCGAUGCUGUUGUUGAUACAAUUGAAGAUUUAAUAACAAAAUUAAUACCAGUUUUUGAUGAACAAGAUGAUGCCAAAAGGGAAGAACUUAGUAAAAAAUUCUUUAGUGAAGAACUUCCUAAACAUUUACAAAAUCUCGAUGUUUUACUUAAAGAAUUUGGUAAUGGUGGUUUAUUCUUCGUUGGUAAUUAUUUAACAUGGGCAGAUUUAUAUUUUUAUAAUUUUUUCGAAACUAUUCUUGGAAUUAAUGAAAAUUGUUUAGAUACUUAUCCAUCAUUAAAACAAAAUCGAGAAGAAGUUGAAAAACAGCCAAAAAUUGCAGAAUAUCUUAAAAAUCGACCUAAAACAUCAAUUUAA